GGUUUCUCUGUCUCAGUUUCAAAGAGCCGCAGCUUGCUCAAGAGUUAGACCAUCUUCGCCCUCACAACCAUGACUAAGCGAACAAAGAAGGCUGGAAUCGUCGGAAAGUAUGGUACUCGUUAUGGUGCCAGUUUGCGGAAGCAAAUUAAGAAGAUGGAGGUUAGUCAGCAUAGCAAAUAUUUCUGCGAAUUUUGCGGGAAGUAUGCAGUGAAGAGGAAAGCUGUGGGAAUUUGGGGCUGCAAGGACUGUGGGAAAGUAAAAGCAGGCGGUGCCUACACUUUGAACACUGCUAGCGCUGUGACAGUGAGGAGCACAAUCCGGAGGUUGAGGGAGCAAACUGAAAGUUGAGCUACCAUUGCUUACUUCUUAGAAUAUAUGCUUAUUAGUCUUUGAUAUUGCUUUUUUGAAUAUGCAAAAAAACUAUUUGGUGUUUACUUGAAAUUGCUGCAGUUAUUUUGACUUGCUAAGUUUAUAGGUAACAUCUGUUUGUUUCCGGUCAAUGAAAGUUUUCACUGUAGGAUUUGCUCAGAUAUUUUCAUUUAAAUUCCUCUGUGAAACAUUGUUUAGUUGAUUAAACUGUGGUUUGCUCAACAAUUUUUACCCUUAACUACUAGUAUGAUACUUUAUUCUGGGAA